AUGGAGAUGGAAAGGUACGUUCAACUUCGUCUUGUGCACAGAGGCACCGCAACGAAUUCAGAGGCACGGAUUCUCUUCUUAGCUGAUCCGCAAAUUGAAGGGGAUGCGAAGAUACAAAGACAAGGGAAAAGAG